CGCGCCUUCUGCGGCCUGUUAUCGACCAAAGUAUCGAUCUAUCGAAAGGAGCUAGGGCCACAGCGAACGGACGAGUUGGCAUUCCUGUCACUGUUUGUUGUUGUUUUUGCCGCUGCCGCCGCCGUUGUUGUCGUUUUGAAUGGAAAUCAGUCACAAAAACUGAACAAUUUAGAUCUAGUCCCCGAGUCGAAACCUGUCUACACAUUCUCGGUUUAUUUGUACAAUUCAACAAAAUUCGUUGUGCGCAUGCAAAAAGAUACAAAAAUAAUAAGUUGUUAAAAUUGCCUGUAACCUCAGUAUGUCUCAAAUGACCGAGAAGAGAACGACGUCGGCCCGUUCGGGGACAGCUGCCAAGGAGAACCACAGCCUGGCCGGGCGGCAUCAUCGCCAGAACGGACAGCAGCGCAGCGGCGGCGGCAAGGGCAUCGAGAUUCUGGACUUUCACGAGUCCUGGCUGGAGGAGGUGGAAAUCUACAAGGAUAAAAUGGUCAUGGCCAAGAAGCUGACCCACCACAAUCACGAACCCGUCUCUGGUCAUCCCUUCAACUCGCACCUCUCUGCCCCAAAUCGAUACCAGAGUAGGAUCUCUGCCAGCACUCCGCAGCAUCGCAGUACCGCCGGCGGAGGAGCACACUCGGCGCCGGCCGCUAGCUCUGCCACUGCUGCCGCUGCUGCUGCAGUCAACACCACCAACGCCCGAUCCCCGCCGCCUGCUGCACUGAAAACCAGAUCGCCACCAUCGCCGCGUAAGCGCCAGACGCCAGAGAAAAUAGUCCGUGGCAGCGUCUCAUCUGCCGGAGAUUCGUCGAAGAUCACACAGUCGCCGCAGCGCAUUGUCAUUCGGGGAAUCCCAUCGCCAGCUGCCAGCACAAGUCCAAAGAAUAUGUCCACAGGCGUCACAGCAAACAGUGUGCUCCAGUCGGAGUCGUACAAGAAGGUCCAGAUGCUAUUGAAGCGCGCCCGAGAUGAUGCCAGCGUCAAGAGCUCAACCCUCAAUGGUGGCAACAAACGCUCCAGUCUGAGUCCACCGGUCCUGACCAAGACAGCGCCCUCCAGCUUAUCCUGCUCGAGCACAAACACAUUAAAGGCAUCGCCGCCCAACAAGAUUGUGGUGAACACCUUCCAUGGCAGCAGCAUCCUGAAUACCCAGCAGGAGGAGAAGAGCAAGCUGCUCACGCAGAAUGGACUGACCAAGUCGGCAGCCACUGCUCUAGAGACGAGCCUGUAUGCCUCCUUGUACACCCAACCGCCUAACAUCCAGCCGGUGCAUCAUCAUCACUUGGCCAGCCAGCGAAUUCCAGGAGGAGAUCAGAGCUCUUCGUAUGUGGGAGUGUCCCUAAACAAGGGAAGCCUGCAUGAUCAUCAUGAUCGAAAGCACGAAGAUGAUCCCUGUGCAGCUAUCGAUGACAUCAACAACUAUGAUGACUCCGACUCGGAGGAGGAGUAUGUGGGUUCGCCCUUCUUCCUCGAAGAGGACAGCUCCGAGUCCCAUCAGAGCCGGCAUACGCGUUUGGUGCCAGGAAAGACCCAUUCAAAGGAAUCGGUGGCCACUACGGAUUCUGAGGCAUCGGUUUAUUUCCGUCCAGAUGCUAUCCUGUCGCCCAGUUUGUUUCCUAAUGUUCCGCCCUACCUCAACUUUACCUCGCAUGCCGAUAAGGGUCCUCCGAUGCCGGCUGCUCUUCAUAGAGUCUUGAAAUGGAAGCUAAGUCCUGUGAUGCCCAAGAUAGUCAAGCGAGUGGUCCUGAAUUCAGGCUUUCGCAUCAUCAAAAACACCACCGACUGGAUGGCCGUGUGGGAGAAGCACAUGAAGAGUCCUGGCUUCAGGACUAUUAGGUCGCACCAAAAGUACAACCACAUACCUGGCUCCUUUCGUAUAGGACGCAAGGACACCAUGUGGCGCAGCAUCUACAAUAACAUGAAGAAGUUCGGCAAGAAGGAGUUUGGUUUUAUGCAAAAAUCCUAUAUAAUGCCUGAUGACCUGGAGAAUCUGCGACAGGUUUGGCCCAAAAAUGCUUCCAAGCUAACCAAGUGGAUUGUUAAGCCGCCGGCAAGUGCCCGAGGCACUGGCAUACGCAUAGUCAACAAGUGGAGUCAGUUCCCCAAGGAUCGUCCUUUGGUGGUGCAAAAAUACAUUGAGCGACCCUUGCUGAUCAACGACAACAAGUUCGACAUGCGCCUGUAUGUGGUGCUGACCUCCAUCAACCCGCUGCGCAUCUACAUGUACAAGGAUGGCCUGGCCCGCUUCGCCUCCGUCAAGUACAGCUCGGAGCUGAGCAAUCUCGACGAGCGCUGCAUGCACCUGACCAACUACAGCAUCAACAAGUUCUCCCAAAACUAUGCCAAAAACGAGGACUUUAAUGCCUGCCAGGGUCACAAGUGGACCCUGCAAUCCCUGUGGUCCUGCCUGGAGAAUCGAGGGGUGAAUACCAAACGCCUUUGGGCCACUUUGCGCAAUCUGGUGAUCAAGGGCAUAGUGAGCGGUGAAUCCGGACUGAAUCGCAUGUACCGCCAGAAUGUGAACUUUCGCUACAACUGCUUUGAGCUCUUCGGCUUUGAUGUCUUGCUGGAUGAGAAUCUGGUGCCCUGGCUGCUGGAGAUCAAUAUAUCGCCUUCCCUGCACUCGGAACUGCCUUUGGAUUUGCAUGUCAAGGGUCCCCUCAUCCAGGCCGUGCUGAAUACAGCUCUGUAUCAGGUGCCGCCAAAGCUGAAUGAACACCAGCAGACCGAGAUCCUGCAGGAGUUGAAUCUGAGCGGGCCACUGUGCCAUGACAAGCGCAUCUUCACCACUUGCCUGACGGCGGAGGAGGUGCGCAAACACAAUCAGUACACGAAUCGCAGCAUUGAGUUCCGGGAGGAGUAUGUGGACACCAUAUUGGAUAACCUGCUGCCCGACGAUGUGCGUUGCCUGAUUGUGGCCGAGGAUGAGCUGGCCAGGUGCAAGCCUUUAGAGCGUGUCUUUCCCACCGCCGACACACACAUUUACCUGCGGUAUAUCGAGAAUGCGCGCUACUACAAUCGGUUGCUGGACGCCUGGGAGUCCAAGUAUGCCAAGAAGCGGGAUGUGGGCAUUGCUUUGCUGUCGCGCUUCUGCCGGGAAAAGUACCAUCUGCAGGUGUCCGACGCGGCCAUGGAGAAGGAACCAAAUGUGGCACUUACCGAGAUCGAUAUGCUGCAUGUGCGCAAGGAUGAGGUCCUGGAUGGUGCCACCACGCUGGUUCUGCUGAAGCCCGCCCCGGAAGUGGAUAGCAGUGAGGCGGCGCCCAAUGGGGUCACCCCCAGCCUCGACACAAGGUCGUGAAGCAGCCCACUCCAAGACUGACAGCACUAGUAACUCUCUCAGCAAGCAGCCAAAAUCCAAAUCAUUCUCACUGCGACUUCCCACGUCCACGCCCUCGUCCACAUCCUCCCGUUCAAAGAUUCACCCUGAAGUUGUCUCGACCAAAUAAAGCUACUCAAAUCCGA